CAUGGGACCAAUCCACCGCACAUAAUACUAGCGGUGUCCUCGAUCGGGCGCUGUGACACAACUCGGAUGGAGAGUGGAGCAUUCAUUGCAAUUGUCUGGACUGCUGCAGCAACUCAAUCAACAAUGACAGCACCAGGAAAUGGCCAAUAGAGGACCGGGGGUGACGCCAUCCUUCCGCUGCCCUACAACACUCAUUGACCCGUCCCAUCCUUUGUGUUGGCGUUCAUUGUGUGGGAUUGAACGACUUCGACGGAGACUCGACUUCGCCCUUUGUAUGUCGGCACGUGACGCCCCAAUGCGGAGCGCCCCGGACUCCCUGCUAUCGGGACAUCAGGCAGAUCGAUCUCGCUGCCCUCCCCCAUCGCGACGCAACAGUCGAAUCAAACCUUUAUUAUCUCCGCCGAUUUACUUUCCUUUCAUUCUGGCCUCCCUGAUUCCAAGCGUGGCGACUGAAACCCCCCUUCCGGGUCGGUUGUGGUAAUCAUGGCUACGAACGGUGACGCCAAAGCGUCAUCGGGAGGCACCCUGGUUGAUGCGUCGGGAUACAAGUUUUCGGAGAAAGAUGCGAAACCGACAAAGAUCAAAGUGAAGAAGUCGGCGAAGUUGGGGAAAAAGAAGGCCGAUGGUGAGUGUCUAGUGCCCUGUCGUCCAUAUAUCUGAACAUUGGCAUUUGCAUGGAUCUCUGUUCUAUUUCCUCGGUCCUUGGAAAGAGAGAGGGGAAGGGAGGGACGGAGAGGUCAGAUUGCGAGACCGAGGUGUACGCGGCAUUAGGCUAUACAAUGAUCUGGAAAGACCUGGGAAAGUGGUCGGAACAAAGGCUAACUGCUUGCUGUUUCUCGGCAUCAAUAGACCCUCCAGCCUCUCCAGGCUCCUCACCAAUAUUACCGGAAAUCGACGAGAAAACCAUGGCCGCCUUCCCAACUGGCAAACCGCGCGAGGAGGAUCACCUGGAGACGGUCAUCUGCAAGACCUGUAAGAGGCCGGUCCUCAAGCAGGGUGCCGCUGAGCACAUCCGCGGCUGCAUCAAGGCGAAGCAGGAGAAGGCACGACGCAAGAAGGAGGCGCGCGACGCCGCCAACCGGGCCAAGGAGAAGGGCGACAAGGACGGCGACGAGGAGGCCGCGGGCGGCGAGGGCGACGACUCCAUGAAGGGUCAGAAGAGCGCCAAGAAGAGCGCUGUCAAGGGCAUGGCGGAGGACGGCACCAAGAAGGGCAAGAAGCGCAAGACCGAGGCCGAAGAUGAGAAAGACAAAGAACCCAAGAAGAAGAAAAAGAAGGAGGAGCCCAAGCCCAAGGCGGCCAAACCCAAGGGUCCGGUCGACGUUGAGAAGCAGUGCGGUGUUACAUUGCCAAAUGGCGCCCAGUGCGCUCGUUCUCUGACUUGUAAGAGUCACUCGAUGGGUGCGAAGCGUGGCGUGCCCGGUCGUUCGCUACCGUACGAUAUGUUGCUUCAGGCCUACCAGAAGAAGAACCAGGCUCGUCAGCAGAAGGCUGCCAUCGAUGCCAAUGCGCCUCUACAGGAUGAUCUGGAUAACAACGGCCCCGUGGAUUCGGACGAAGAGAAGGACGCCGUGAUGGCAGGCAUUACUCGCUCGACCCCCAUACCCCUCGCCACCCAUACUUUGAUGUCGACCAAACAGAAAUACAAAUACGUGCGGAUAAAAGAGAUGCUCUCGCAUGCCCUGGGCGGCUCCCGGGGCGGAGGUCUUUUUUCAAACGGCGACAGUAACGGUGUGGCGGACGGCAAUCCGUUCCAACCCGUGGAUGAUAUACUACCCUCGACAACGUCUCCAGUAUCCGCCAGUGCACCAGACAACGCUACCGACGCAGGCGGGAAGACUCCCGCAACCGCUGCAAAGAAGUUGCCGAUAACGGCCAGCUCGUAAACCUUACAUAUUCCUUACGGUGGUCUCUGUCUCGGUCGAAUUGUCAGGCAGAGAACGAAGUGACGACGGCGCUUUGCAUUUUAUUUCGAAAUUGGUUUCUGUUGUGGCGUUAUUCUGGGGACUUGUGCGAUAGGAGUCUGGGCCUGGUUUACUUCUGUUGAAAUGAUGAUACCCUCUGAGUCUUGGGAUGUGGAUGUCUGUAAAUUAGUGGCUGUCGAUUUCUUUGACUGUCUGGUUUUGUUUAAUCGUAUGUCUUACCGGGGAGUGUUUUGCUCCUGAGUGAAGCAUGUCACCAGAUAUUGUACAUGAGAGCAUAUCCUUGUAUUUGAAAUAAACUGUGAGUUU